CACAAACGUCCGAGGAGCACCUGAAUGCAGCACAGCGGUUGGUUCUGUUCUGACAGGAGCUGGCGGUUGAUGUCGGGGUGGUUGACAACAAGCUAACAUCCCAGCAUGGAGAGCUCUACAGAGGCGGCUGCCACCAGCCCCACAGCACGCACCUUCUCCCAGGUGGUGUUCACCGACACCCCUCACUCAUACCCACCCUCCACCCCCGUCACCUGCUGCUACACCCUCACUGAUGCCUUCCAGCCAAACCCGAGGGACUGGGUGGGCAUUUUUAAGGUAGGGUGGAGCACAACAAAGGAUUAUCAUACCUUUGUGUGGGUGGAGCCAUGUCUGGAUGUGGUAGGGAAAGAGUCUGCAACUAGGCAAGCUUUUUUUAAAGAUUACUACCUGCCUAAGGAUGAGAUCGAGUUCUAUCAGUUCUGCUACGUUGACUUUACUGGGCAAGUGCGGGGAGCCAGCACUCCGUUCUGUUUCAAAAACACGGUGGAACAAAGCAUCGAAAGCAGCCCAGAUGAUGACCUCAUGGUCAUUACAACACAGGAGCAGGUCGAAAAGAGCGUACGUGAGAAAGCUGAACUGCAGAAGAAGCUGGAUCAGAUAAGGAAGGAAAAUGAAACCUUAAAAAGUGAUCUACAGAAGGAACAGCAAGAAGCUGCCAGCUGCAAGGGGCAGAAUGAACAGAAAGACAAAGAAAUGAGUCAAUUGGUCAAGGAAAUGGAUAAAAUGAAAGAACAACAUGAAAACUUAAAAAGCCUGUUACAGCAACAAGUGAAAGAAACAGACAACUUAAAGGAGGAGAUGUUGACCCAGAAGAUAAAGCAGAUGGAGAUGCAGCAACCCGAUGCUACUCAGCAGAAAACACUGAGUCAAAGCUUGAGUUUAGACGGAGCAUCAAGACCAAAUGAGGAGAAAUACGACCGAGCUGUGAUGAAGAUCAACCAGCUCAAAGAGGAGCGUGAGGAGCUGAGGGGGAAGGUCGAGGCUCAAAGUGUGGAGAUGUCCACGCUAAAUUCCCAACUCAGAGAAAAAGAGAGAGAACUGCUCAAAAUGAAAGACAGCAUUCAGCUCCUUCAGGUUGACCUUCAGAGCGGUGAGAAAGACAAGGAGAGGCUCUCUGCAGAGCUGCAAAGGUUGCAAAGCAUCGCACACAACAUGGACGAUGUGAAGAGAGAGAACCAGGAGUUAUGUAGGAGGCUGUCGCAGCAGUUGACACUGCAGAACUGUCCAGAUGACGAUCUAAGAGUGCGGUGUCAGACUCUGGUCAGCCAGCUGCAGGACGCUCAGGAGAAACUGGCUACGGAGCGGGAGGAGAACAGAAACGUCAAGAGGCAGGCCGAGUUUCUGAAGGACGAGCUGCUGCAAACCAGGGAGCAUCUGGAGAAGAUGAUCUCAUCAAAUGACCAGGAACAACGGAAAUCUGGCAAACUAGAGCUACAGCUCAGAGAGGCAUGUAAAGCGAUCGCAGAUAAAGACACCAUCAUAGAAGAGAGAGAAAACAUGAUCCAGCUGGUGAGACACGAGAAAGAAGAGCUCGACAGAGAAAACCAGAAUCUCACCAGUGAUAUUGUCGAGCUGCGCAGAGUUUACGCUGAAGUCAGCGCAGCCCCCCCCGCCGACCCACCACACACGCAGCCUGACAACACACCUGCCAGCCGGGACUGGCAACAGCCGGCAACACCAGAACAGCCUGAGAACCUGUAUGAGAACAUCGAUAGCAUCAUUGCAGACCCAGAGGAAGAGCGGGCGCUGGUGUGUCGUCACUGCCAGGAGAGCUUCCCCUGCAUAACCCAAAACGAACUGGAGCAGCACGAGCAGAGCCACCGAGUGUGUCCCUUCUGCACCAUGAUCUGUGACAACAUGGAGCAGUCCGUGUUUGAGGAUCACGUCUACGGCCACGAGCUGUGAGACCCGCACGUGUGAUUCCUACAUCUGGAGAAUCAACGUCUUACAAGUUGAGGGGUCAUGUGGCAAAGGACCAUACUGAUAUUUUUGCACACGUUUACUGCAAACCACAUUACUUAACAUUACGGUUGCCCCAUUUUCCAAAGCAUACUGAAGGUUU